AUGGCUCUUGAAUUGGUAUUUCCCAAAGAUGUAGUUCCUUCUUCUUCUGUUGUAGAAGAUUUCAGUAGUCCUGAAUCACAAACUAAAAAGGUUGAUGAUGGAAACAUUAAAUCUGUAUCUGAUCCUUCUUCUAUCUCCAUUGCAACCAAAACUGUAAACCACCAAGUGCCAAUAGUUAACAGUGGUGUGCCAAUGAACAGUCACGUUGAUUUUGGGAACGAGUCUGUGGAAUCUGAAGCAACUGUGAGUCUUAAGGCAAUUGUUGAUCGUGCCCCAUCUGUCCCAAAUGUUGCGGCACAGAGGUACAUUACUGACAUCAAUGGGAUGAUUGAUACUAAAAGUAUCUAUUUCUUUAUUGUUGUGCGUGUUAUGACACUAUGGAAGGUUCCUGAAACUUCAAAGAGCAACAAAAUUAAGUCAAUGGAAAUGACUUUGGUUGAUGCUCAGAAGCUCAUUGGUAAGAAAGUAAACCAAUUGAAAAUUGCAUGGGACUGGUUGUCAUUGCUCAAUGACAAUGCUAUACCAACAGGGAGCUUAUGCCAAUUGCAUUUGGACAGGGAUAGUUUACAACCAGGCAAAAUUGAUGUAAAAUUUGGUUUCAGUGUUUAUCUAGAUGCAAAUAUUGGACUUCGGUACCUUUUGGAGUUAAAUCCUAACAAUGCUCUUCGAUGUGGUAUUAACCCACAGUACUUUAGGGCCAUAGGUUGGCUUUCGAAUCAAGCUGUUUCACUGAUGCUUGAUGAUAAACACAAGCAGCGGAAAUUUGAGAUAUAUACACAAAAGGGGCAAUUAUACUUUAAGUUAAGGGUUUUCAACAGUGAAGGUUACUGCUGCGACCAAGAUAUAUCUGCUUUAGAUUCAUCUAAAGGUGAAGUUGACACAAUCGACUACAUACAAUUUAAUGGUGAUCAGAAUACUUUCAACGUAGUCAUGAACACUGAUGUCAUUCAAUGUGGUAAACUGGAAAUACCAUGGCAUAUUGUCAGAAGACUUGAGAUUCAAGACUACAGUAGUUUGAUCAUAUACUACGAUGGAGAACUUGUGGUCAGAAUGGGCCGAAUCUAUUUAUCUGAUUACCCUAAUCGCUUCAUUAUCGAAGGAGACAUUGAGUACAUGAUGGGUUUAAAAAAGAUCCCUACUGGUAUCAAGCUUGGAUUUCGUAUAGAUGCUCGGAAGGUAGUUAAUAAAGAACAUUUGAUUUUGGAAGUCCUGUAA